CUCCUCCUCCAUCUCCUCUUCCUUCUCCGCCACUAGCGCGCCGCGACGCAACGUUCACCGUGGUUUCCGCGAGACCUCCGAAGAAUCCAUCCCGGAAGUAUCCGCCCGCCCGGUCGGUCGGUCGGUCGGUCGGUGGGUCGCUCGUUUACAGGUUCGUUCGUUCGUCCGUUCGUACCUUCGCUCGCCGAGUGAAACUUUCGCGAAGUGCACCGACAGCAAAGAGAGGGUGCCCAUUGACAAGGCGCCCGCGGUGCAUACGACUUGCUACGGCAUUGCUGAACGGAACCCACGAGAGGGCUGCUCGCGAGAGAGACGAGGACGGGGAGAGAAACAGCGCGCGUAGGGAGAGAGAGGGAACGAGGGAACAGAGAGGCGCAGUAGCGAUAGGUACCGCGCAGGCUAGACGGAGACGCGGCGAGCCUAGAGAGGUGUACGCGAGGGCACACCGCGUCGCGAGUAUCAACCAGCUGGUUGGCAAGGGAGCCGCGAGCAGUCGCCAGUGAGACGCGGCACCCCGCGAGCGCGUGUGUCAUUUGUUCGCUCGCUCGCAUGCACGUCCACCCGCCCGUUCGUUCGUUCAUUCGUUCGCUCACUCACACGCUCGCUCGCUCGCUCGUCCGUCCGUCCGUACGUACGCGCGUACGUCCGUGGCGUGCGUUCCUACAUUCGUGUCCCCCAUCUGCGAGCAACAACUCUGUCGCGAUCGCUGUGCGUACGUCCGUUCGAGAGAGCGAUACGUACGUCGCGCCUCCGCUCUCUCGCGCCUCAUCCGGACACGACACUUGCCCCCGCGAACGAACAUCGUCUGCUGCUUCCUCCACCAUUCGUCUCUUCUCCACUGUUCGUCUUUGCUCGUCCGCACGUUUCGCUCUGCUCUUUCCCUCUCUUCCUUUCUCUCUUUCUCGUUCGCCUUCCUGGUCUUCCCCUACCCUCGGCCGCGGAGUGUAGUGUUCCGUGUGUAUCUCACCUCCGCCUCUCUCUGUGUGCGCCGUCUACCACUUGUCUCUGCUCUGUGGCUGUGUGAGUGUGUGUGUGUAACCGUGCGCGCAACGAGCGAGAAACAAGAUGGCCGCUGACUCAGGAAUGGAGACGUGUCCCUCCCCGGAGAUUGCGGACUCCAGAAAGCGGCCGCUCGACUGCGACGCGGAAAACGGCGCAACCAAGAGGUCGCACUACGGAUCAGGUGGAGAUGGAACGUAUCACCUUAAAGUACUGGUUCCCGGUGUGGCGGCCGGGGCCAUUAUCGGGAAAGGUGGUGACACCAUCGCUCAAUUGCAAAAGGAUACGGGGGCAAGGGUGAAAAUGUCUAAAUCGCAUGAUUUUUAUCCAGGAACUACCGAAAGAGUAUGCUUGAUCACGGGCAGCGUAGAAGCUAUAAUGGCAGUAAUGGAUUUUAUUAUGGAGAAAAUACGCGAGAAACCUGACCUCACCUCAAAGACUACGGUCGACUUUGACUCUGGUAAAGCCACUGCGGAGAGAGACAAGCAGGUAAAAAUUUUAGUGCCUAAUAGCACUGCGGGAAUGAUAAUAGGAAAGGCCGGGAAUUACAUUAAGCAGAUUAAAGAAGAAUCUGGCUCGUAUGUCCAAAUAAGUCAGAAAGCUAAAGAUCUAUCCCUUCAAGAACGAUGCAUAACGGUGAUCGGUGAGAAAGAAAAUAAUCGUAAUGCGUUACUCAUGAUCUUAGCGAAAGUGGCAGAUGAUCCACAAAGUGGAACCUGUCUUAAUGUCAGUUACGCGGAUGUAAGUGGUCCCGUUGCCAACUACAAUCCUACAGGCAGCCCAUACGCUCAAGCCCCCACGAGUACUCCCACGUACACGUCUACAGCUGGUUUGAACACAGUGAGCCUCUUGAACGGCGCUGGUCUAAGUCUGAAUCUGAAUCUGGGCGCGGCCAUUACAGCGGGCACCGCACCGGUGACGACGCAGCUGCUGGAACACAUAAAGCUAAAUCUACGUACAACAGGCUUCUCCGAGCCUGCCGCUACGGAGAUACUUGCCGCGAUCGCCACUCUCGCCAAGUACAAUAUCCUCGGAAUGGGAAUCGGCAUGCCGUCGAGUAUGAGUUACUUGGGCAAUCCGAUGGACAGUACCACGACCGCGAAUGGUUCGAACAACAACGGCGGCGUGUUUGGACCGAUAGGUACUGUGCCCGCGCUCGGAUCGACCUCGCCGACGCCGCGCAACACCCUUGAUCGGUACGAGCCGUUCGAUCCGUUCAGACAGAACAACACUGCUGCCAGUGCUAUACACCUGAACAACAAUUCGUUCGGCCUGGGCACUAACCAGUUAUCACUUGUAAGUAAGAGUCCUACACAGGUAGACGCCAACAGCAAGGAGACCAAGAAAGUAGACAUAGAAAUUGCAGAGGUUAUAGUGGGAGCUAUUCUGGGACCCGGUGGUCGUGCCCUCAUUGAGAUUCAGCACCUAAGUGGCGCCAACAUACAAAUCUCUAAGAAGGGCAUGUUCGCCCCUGGUACCAGGAACCGCAUAGUGACUAUCACGGGUUAUCCUAAUGCGAUCAACACUGCUCAAUACUUAAUCGAGCAGAGGAUCAGUGAAGAGGAGGCGAAGCGAGCACGUCAAAAUGCCAUCGCCAAUAUGAUCCAUUGAUUUCAAGUACGGCAUCCCACUUGUUCAUCCCCAUUAUUGAGCUCCGUUAUUCACCUCUUCACGCCCUGAGAAAUCGCGCCCGACAACGGCGGUUCUCUUCUCUCCCCAACUUUUCGACAUAUAUACGAUAUAUAUAUACUAACAUAUAUAUAUAUAUAUAUAUAUACAUAUAAACAUAUAUUUCGUCCACAUCGCGCCAAAAACAAACAAAAAAAACUUACCGCCCGUUGUGUCAUCUAUCGCUGCGUCACUAUAGCGCUUGCAUUGUCGCAUCACUGUUCAUACAUCCAUCAUGGCUCGUCGACAUUUAUCUAUCUUUUAAGAUUAUUAACGAUAACAUACGAAUGUUAUACGACGCACCGAAAGUACAAGUAGACCAAAUGUCGGCAAGUUUCAGGAAAAACUGUGUCGACGCGGUGUGUCGACUGUCUUGUCGUGCGUUAUAAUUGGCGUUAUAAACUAUCUCUGAAGUACGUACAUUUGACGAAAAUAAAGUAUUUCUUGAUUUUAAAAUGUAACACUAUUUGAAAAAGAAUUGACACUCGCAGUGCUUCGAUUGGAAAAAGAAAAUAGACACGUUCUCAAGACGUAAAACACGAGAACGUAUUGUUGAAAGCAACUUUCUUCAUGUUCGAUUUAAAAUUUAAUGAAACUGGACUCGGUCUACUUGUGUCUUCAGCGCUUAGUAUGUUGUACGAUAUAACUACUACAAUUGUUCUGUGAUACACCACAUUACGGGGCUUUAUCACACACCACACGCGCGUAUCCGCAUCAGAGUUGCCGCGAGUAAACUAGUUAUUAUUGUAUAGGGUAUUACCGCGAGGUAAUCCACCAAGUAAUUGUUAUCGAUUCGGAAUUACGGAGAUACGGCAUCUCUCUUUAGCCACGGACGUUCACGCCGCACGAGCAAACGCUACUAAAAUCGGAGGAAUACGGCUUCUUCUCGACAAACUCCUCUUGUCUUGAUAAUCGUAACGUCCCCGGAUAAUCUUUCACGGGUGACAAUUUUCGCUGCAAUCGAAGGGUCGACUCAUACAGAACUCAACUGUUGAACGCUAAUCGAAUCCGUCGGAUUCGUUCAACUCGGUCAACUGGGAUGUCGAAACGGAAGUUUCGAGAUCAACAUUCUGCAUUGUCUUUCGAGAUGGGAAAUACUUAGACUAACGGACUUCUCGCUUUUGCAAAAUACGUUAUUCACUUCGUUCACCGAGUAACAGAGUAAAUACCUUGGCAAAACCAAAGAGUUUACAUAUAUAAACGCAGAAAUACUUUGGCUGGAAGUGUUUAAUAUAUACAUAUAUAUAUAUUCAAAGUGAGAGAGAGAAAAAGAGAGAGAGAGAGAGAGAAAGAGAGCUAUUCUAUAUAUAUAUAAACAUAUAUUUAUAUAUUUACAAUACCGCUGGCUGGCCCAGCUGAAUAAAAUAACGGAUAACUCCUUAUUGCCAAGAGUUAUAUUCUUAAUUCCAAAGGGUUUAAGUCUCCAUCUCAGAACGAACCUCAUCUAACUAAGUUUCCCGUAGCGCUUAGAUUAAUGUAUACAGAAUACUAGAUUAACGUCAAACGUUGUUAUCCUUUAUCGCGUACCUCUAAGGGAUGCAAAAUCUGUUUGCGCUAGCACCUGUUCACUAGGAUAAGCGACAAUCUUUUCGUCCGCGCAUCACUUUUAGACAUUCUUGGAUAAUAAUCUGCACACUUGUCCCAUUACAUCUCUCGGACUUUUAGUCUAAUUAUUUCCUCUUCUAAGGCGAUCGUCAGUUGACUACGAUUAAGACCUACCAUACUACUUUUGCCAGGAGUUUGCUUCAGUCUCAUUUCGAUCAAACUUGACAUUAGAAUUUGUUAUUACGUGCCUUUCGAGAGAGAAAGUAGUGUGUAUACUUGGCGUUUGCCUUCUCAGAACGACGCAAACGCUCGUUCGUUUCAAACACUUUAAACUUUCGGAGAUUCUUUAAUUAUGUAUGAACAUUUUCUCAAUUAUUCUCGCCGCGGAUGAGACUUUUUAUUGACGCGUAUUUUUACGCUGACGCUCAUCCAAAGCGAAGAUGACGAUUUUUUCGUACACGCAUUCGUGUAAAAUCCUUCUGUCAUUCGUUUCAACAGAGUUAGCUUGAACAAAUUACAGUUACUAGUGAAAGCCGCGCAUAUUUUUGGGUUCUGUAUGGUAAAAGGAACGUAGAUAUAUAUAUAUGUGGAACGUCGGUAAAUCUCUACGCGAACAUGAGCCAAGCGAACGGUCUCAGAAUUCUGAAGCUUCAUCACGGUGAAGCGAGUCGGCAGGUUAAUGAAUGCUAAGAUUGGUUCAAAAAUUUUCGGAAUAAAUUUGUUGUUAAUUUUUGCCGUUUGAUCGGACAAAAAGAAACUGGAUACAUCAUCUACUAAGAAGUAGAGGU